AUGCCCUCCUUGCGGUCGGGCCAGCGGGCGCCGCCGGGCGACGCGCACUCCGAGGAGACGGGCGUCCUCGCCGUGACGUUCCGCGAGAUGGCCGGCGCCUACGAGGCGACGCAGCACGCGCCGCUCAUGCCGCACCUCGCGGCGGCGCGUGCCGCGUUGGCGGACCUGCCCGUCGCGCCCGUGGCUCCCGAGCCGCCGCGCCGCUCCCGCCGGAUCGCCGAGGAGGCGCUCGAGGCGGCGCUGAAAAAAGCGGAACGGGCCGCGGUCGAGGCCGUGGUCGCGGACGCGAGGCUGGCUUUGUCGAGCGGACAGGCCGCGCGCGAGCGCGAGCUCGCCGAGACCGAGGCGCGUUCCCGGCCGCCCUGGCCGACGCGGAGGCCGCCCGUCGAGGCUGACCAGUGGACCGCCAUCGACGACGUGCCUGCCGAGGCCCUCGCCGCGUCCGGGUUCGCGCUCUGCCGGGUGCCCCACAAGAGCCUCGUCGAGCCCUGGGCCGCGGCGGUCGCCGACGUCCACGCGAGGUUCCUGGCGGAGCAGGAUCAAGGACAGGAGCGGCGCGACCGCGCGCUCCUGUGGAUCCUCGCUCUGCCGCAGCUAUUAUGGCGAAAGCCGUGGUACUCCAAGCGCGGGCCCGUCAAGGCCGGCGUGGAGUAUGAGAUCAACGGCGUCUCCGACGGCCCGAUGCUCCGCGCGCUGAGCUCCCUCGGCGGCUGCGUCGGCCUCGUCUUCGGCCAGUUUUCCGAGGCCUCCAAGGACGUCUCGUCCCUGCUCGCGGACGUCGCGACCGCGCUCUCCGAGUCGCGUUGGAUCCACAUGGGCUGCGCGUGCCCCGACCAGGCGAAAGCCCUGCUCAGCAACGAGCUCCACCGCGAGUGGGGCACCACCGCCGCGACACCUCUCCACUGCGGGUUCUCCUUUGCGAACAACGACGAGCUCAAGGCCGCAGUCGGCGCUUGGGACGAGGACUCCGACAACGCCAAGGCCCAGUACGGCCCCAUCAGCAGGUGGGACACGUCCAAGGUGACGGCCAUGUCGUUCCUGUUCUGCGUGCGGCAGGACUGGAUGGAUAAUGAGUAUUACGCCGACAACUAUGAAGAUUGCGUGCUCACGGACGACACAUUCAACGAGGCCAGCCAAAAAGAUUCCCUCACCUUCCCGGGCGCGUUGGUGAGCCUCGGCCUCGACGAACCGUCGCGCGAGGGCCGCGGCGUCGCGCUGCUGGGCGUCCGCGCGCGCGUCGAGGCGGUCGACGCGGAGCGC